CGCCUGCGCAGAGCCCGGCGGGCGGGCCGAAAAGCGCGGAGUCACUGUGGCCGGGAGGGGGGAGCGGAAUUUGCGGGCAGUUGGAAAGCCCGCGAAACGCUCUUUCCGGCUGCGAGGCCGCACGGGCGCUGUUCCCGCAGGAGGAACAGGAAGCGCUCCCCUUCCAGGCCCCGCCUUCUUUUCAUGGCCGUAUCCGAGCUCCACGCAGCUUUUCUGCUCGGGCCUCCGCAGCAGGUUCCCGCCCCUACCAGAGGGGGAUCGUCAGCGGCUUCGCCCCGAGGAGCUGCUGACCUCCGGCCCAGCCCGAGCCACAAUGUCCCCGGAAUCCAAAAAGCUUUUCAACAUCGUUAUUUUAGGAGUUGCCUUUAUGUUUAUGUUCACCGCCUUUCAAACUUGUGGGAAUGUGGCGCAAACCGUCAUCAGGAGCUUAAAUAGCACAGAUUUUCACGGCAGUGGAUAUACCAGCAUGGCAAUUAUUUAUGGAGUGUUCUCCGCUUCCAAUUUGAUUACACCAUCAGUGGUGGCCAUUGUAGGACCUCAGCUCUCUAUGUUUGCAAGUGGUUUAUUUUACAGCAUGUACAUUGCCGUUUUUAUCCAGCCUCUCCCAUGGUCCUUCUACACAGCUUCUGUUUUCAUUGGAAUUGCAGCUGCCGUGCUUUGGACAGCACAAGGAAAUUGCCUGACAAUAAAUUCAGAUGAGCACACAAUUGGGAGGAACAGUGGAAUUUUCUGGGCACUCUUACAAUCUAGCUUAUUCUUUGGAAAUCUCUACAUAUAUUUUGCUUGGCAAGGAAAAACUCAAAUAUCAGAGAGUGAUCGAAGAACAGUGUUUAUUGCCCUGACAGUGAUUAGCCUUGUGGGGACAGUUCUUUUCUUUCUCAUUCGACAGCCAGAUUCUGAAAAUGUCUUGGGAGAAGAUGAGUCUUCUGAUGACCAGGACCUGGAAGUCAAUGAGUCUGCCCAGAGCACUAUGGGAAAAGCAGUAGAUGCCUUUAGAAAAUCUCUUAAGCUAUGUGUCACCAAGGAGAUGCUCCUCCUUAGCAUUACAACUGCUUAUACAGGUCUGGAAUUGACUUUCUUUUCUGGUGUCUAUGGAACAUGUAUUGGUGCUGUAAAUAAAUUUGGAACAGAAGAGAAGAGCCUCAUUGGACUUUCUGGCAUUUUCAUUGGCAUUGGAGAAAUCUUAGGUGGAAGCCUCUUUGGCCUGCUGAGCAAGAAUAAUCGUUUUGGUAGAAAUCCAGUUGUGUUGUUGGGCAUCCUGGUGCAUUUUGUAGCUUUUUAUUUGAUAUUUCUCAAUAUGCCUGGGGAUGCCCCUAUUGCUCCUGUUGAAGGAACCGAUAGCAGUGCUUACAUCAAAUCCAGCAAAGAAGUUGCCAUCUUCUGCAGCUUCUUGUUGGGCCUUGGGGACAGCUGCUUCAAUACUCAGCUGCUUAGUAUCUUAGGGUUUCUCUACUCUGAAGACAGUGCGCCAGCCUUUGCAGUCUUCAAAUUUGUGCAGUCCAUCUGUGCGGCCGUGGCAUUCUUCUACAGUAACUACCUUCUCCUUCACUGGCAACUCCUGGUCAUGGUGAUAUUUGGGUUCUUUGGGACCAUUUCGUUUUUCUCCGUGGAGUGGGCCGCCGCCGCCAUCGUGGCCCGGGGCUCUGACUACCGAAGCAUUUGACCCCGGGGCGCCCAAAAGGUGGGGCGCAGCUUCUGGUGGCCUGGCGGAGCGAAAACUCAGCUGAAGAAGCCACCUUUCCUUUCCGCGGAGUGUUGGAUGUUGUUCAGGAAGGAAGAUCAGAGAAUUAAGACUGCUCAAUCUGCCAGGGUUGGUGUUCAAGUUUACAGAUAUUAUCUAUUUAAAACAAGCAGAAUAAGGGAAACUUGUUCUGUCAGUUAUAAUCGUUCAGAGAUAAUGUUUUUCGAUUCCUAUGUGUCGAGUUCCUUAUAAUCAUGUUCUAGAGUGUAAAUGUUUUCUUCACCCUCCUGUUCUCAUUGAAAGAUCCUGCCCUGAUUCAGAACACUAGGCCGUAUGGCAGAUGAAGAUCCUUGCUGGGCAUGGGGUGUGUGCUACUAUGUAGUAAUAGGGAGCAUAUGCCCACCCCACGUAUGUGUCUGUGAACGACAUUUCAAUAAAUUGUGAGAUGCCUUAGUGGAA